AUGAACACUUCAAAUAACAAUGAUAUUAAUAUACUCGAUUUACCUGAUGAAAUGUUACUUAUUAUUCUCAGCAAAUUGGAUAUGGCUGAUGUAUUCUAUUCACUUGUGGAUCUAAAUAAUCGCUUUAAUCAAUUAGUACUCGAUCCUCUCUAUAUUCAUCAUUUGGAUUUAACAGUCAAAAAAUCGCUUGAUCAUAAUUUUCCAGUAGAUAAUCAAGUUUUCGAUCAAAUUCGCACAAAAGUUUUACCUCGAAUUCAUCAUAAAGUGAAUAAAAUCACGGUUACAUCACCUUUUAUGGAAUUUAUUUUUAAUACAGUUGAUUACCAUCAACUUCACUCGCUAUCACUUGUCAAAUUUCAACAAGAAACACUUUUACAAUAUUUAGCAAGUGAUGUAAUAUUUUGUCGUGUUCUNGAGUGA